AACAAGAUUAGAAGGGGAAAAAGAGAAGGUCAAAAUCGAGAGGGGCGUGUCUCUUAUACGAUAAUCUUGUGGUGGUCUGUGGUGUGACAUCUUGAGCCAAACACACACGAGUAUAGAGAGAUUAGAGGAGAAGAAGAAGAAGAAGACGACGACGACGCUUACCCAAAGCUCGAAUCCCUAGCCUUUUAACUUUCCUGAAUCUCUCGUGUUUUCUCUCUUCUUCCAUGGAUCCUUUCCUCUUUUUCUUCCGCAAAGGUUUUGGCUAAAAAGAAAAGCAGUUAUUGUUGUCCCCCAAGACCAAUCUAUCUCUCUGAUUCUUGUUGACGAUAUGAACUUAAGCAAGAAAGCAACGACCCCGUCAAGUGAUUCAAAGCUAAGUUCUAGUCUCAAGCCAACAACUUUGAACCCUCAUGCUGCUGAGUUUGUUCCCUUUACUCUACGCUCCCCCCGACCUACUGCUACUACUACUACUACUACAAGCAACUUGGAUGUUACGACACCAAGACUUUUAGCUUCCUCCAGCUCUUUCCUGGACCGGUCUGAGUCAUCUGUGUCACAUCAUUCAGAUGAUGAAGCACGCCAGUUCUGGAGUCACCAACUUCCUGAUGAUUUAACUCCAGACUUCAAGCUGAUGACCACUCAAGAUGACAAUUCCUAUGCUUCUGGGAGUUUGUCACUAGCUAGCUUGUCCUUGUAUGAACCUGAAAACUUUCCUCGUGCUAGUGGAGUUGGAGGAGGAGGAGGAGGAGGAGGGUUUGCGUUCUCUGACCAACCUGGCUUAGCUCCACAUAAUGGGCAUAACCUGUCGGACAAGAGCAGAUAUUCCCCCAUCUCUUCUUCGUUCGGGGAAGAUCAGAGUUUCAGUCCAAAGCCCUGGGAUAAGCAGAUUAUGAAUGAGAGGGAGAGAAACCCUUUUGGCCGGUUCAUGAUUCCCGAGAAUCCAAAUGUAGGGGAAAUGGAGGUGAACCCUGUGGAGUUUCUUGCUUCUCAGUUCCCUGGAUUUGCUGCUGAAAGUCUUGCAGAAGUUUAUUUUGCUAAUGGGUGUGAUUUGCAGUUGACAGUUGAGAUGCUUACUCAGCUUGAGCUACAAGUGGAUAAUGGUUUGAAUCAGAACAUGAGGCCUAAGAUUCCUGCUCCUGCUCCUAAUCUAACUCCCAUGGAUUUUCCUGCCCUUAGCAUCUCAAAUAGGCCUACUGCACAGUUUGGUGGGGAUGAUAUGCAACAAACAGGAAAUCAUUACCAAUCUGCUGGAAAGGAUAAUAUGUUUUUCUUCAAGUCAGUUCCUCAGCCUGGUUCAGUCGAUUAUGUUUCUGCCGUCAAGAAGUUAGCAUCCCAAGACACUACUGGGUUGUGGAAAUACGAAGGAAACGAUUCAGGAGACUCAUCUAUUGGCUCAAGCAGAAAUUAUCAUCCUGGGAGGAGUAUAUAUUCUGAUAAGCUGCUCACUCAAUCCCCAAACCGACCUGCUCCUGUCGCCUGGCUGGAGACCGGGGACGCAGUUGGUAAUAUGUAUUCUGACUUGCGCGAGGAAGCACGUGACCAUGCGCGUCUGCGGAAUGUAUACUUUGAACAGGCACGGCAAGCAUACCUUGUGGGGAAUAAGGCCUUAGCUAAAGAUCUAAGCGCCAAGGGACAGAUGCAUAACAUGCAGAUGAAGGCUGCCCAUGGGAAAGCUCAAGAAGCCAUUUACCGUCAGAGGAACCCGGUGGGUCAAGGGAACAGUAGAGGGAGCGAAAGAAUGAUAGACUUGCACGGGUUACAUGUUAGUGAAGCACUCGACGUGUUGAAGCACGAACUGAGCGUGUUGAGGAGCACAGCUCGAGCAACACAAGAGAGGCUUCAGGUUUACAUAUGCGUUGGGACUGGUCACCACACAAGGGGUUCCCGCACAAUGGCUAGACUCCCAGUUGCUGUACAGCGCUACCUACUCGAAGAAGAAGGCCUUGACUUCUCCGAGACUCAGUCUGGUCUCCUUAGAGUCAUCUUAUACUGACCAGGUACUCUUAUAUAGGAACCAGCGAUACACAACCAGAAAGGAAAACGAAAAAAGAAAAAAAAAACGACCACGCUAUUCAUUUUGUUGUAUCUGUUCUGUACAUGGGAAGGCAAGAAGAAGGAAGGCUUAUAUGCCGAAAUGUUUUAGGUUUGUUAAGAAGAAAAUACUUUUUGUAGCAUUAGAGGAUCAACCAGACCUCUUUAUCUGUUUUUUUGUGGGGCUUUAUCUGAUGUUUUGUUGAUUCUCUAUGCUUUUACAGUUUUACUGUUAUAUACACUCCUUUCUUCAAGAAAUGCUUAUAUUUGUAGUC